AUGUCAUUCAGAGGAAAUUCCAACUUUGCUGGGAUUCCCACCGCUCAUCAAGGGUAUAAGCAUAAUGGCAACAUGAGGUCUCAAGGUACUAGUCCUGCUGCCUUCAAGCAAAAUGCUCUUCGCGAGCUAGACAGGCUUUCUAGUAAAGUGGAUGACCUGACAGAUCACUCUCUGGUGCAGCGGGUGAAACCUUACGUGCCCGCUUUGUCGCGAUUUUUCAUCGUGGCCACAUUCUACGAGGACUCGUUUCGCAUCAUCUCGCAAUGGAGCGAUCAGGUCUUUUUCUUGUGGAAUUACAGACACUUGCCGUACUUUUUCGUGGUUCUCUUUUUGCUCGCUGUCGUGACUGCGAUGUCCGUUGGGGCCACAAUGCUUGUGCUGCGCAAGAGACUGUUAAUUGCAACCGGCACUCUGUGUACAUGCAUUGUACUCCAGGGUCUUGUUUAUGGGCUAUACGGAGCUUCUUUCAUUUUGCGUAAUGUGAGCGUCAUUGGGGGCUUACUGAUCGCUCUCAGCGACUCGAUUGUGCAGAGCAAAACCACCUUUGGUAUGCUUCCGGAAUUGAACAACAAAGACGGAAAGACCAAGAGUUUUGUCCUGCUUGCGGGAAGGCUGCUUUUGGUGGUGUUGUUUAUCACUUUUACCUUCAGCAAAAACUGGUUCACGGUGCUCUUGACUAUUCUUGGAACCAUUUGCAUUUCGGUCGGAUUCAAGACCAAACUGGCCUCCAUUCUGCUGGGACUUAUUUUGACGUUCUACAAUAUCACGGUCAACAACUACUGGUUUUACGAUAGCAGCAAGAGAGAUUUGCUAAAAUACGAGUACUUCCAGAACCUGAGCAUUAUUGGAGGUCUCCUGCUGGUGGUGGCAACCGGAGCUGGAGAACUAUCCAUAGAUGAAAAGAAGAAGAUAUAUUGA